AUGGCGCGCAGCAAGGAGGCGGAGAGGAGGGGAUUAAGGACGGUGCUGGCCACAUGGAGGCUGUAUCUCUUCGCUGUCAAAGUUCCCACCAAGGUGGAGGUCACGUUCAAUUUCCUGGAGAUCCGAGCAAUGAACACAUUUCCAGAGUUCCAGGUGGUGAUCGACACGGACAAGACCACCUACUCCCUAAGGCUCCAGAGCCAGGAGCAGGUGGACCAUGUGGUCGGCCACAUCAACUACGCGCUCUCCCGCGUCUUCAACAACUCCAUCUACGCGCCUCCUAUAUGUCGAGCAGAGGGGGAGGUGGCAGACGGCGUUCACAAGUUUUCGCCUACUUCUGAUUCAUCGCUAGAGGCCCAAAAAACCUGUGGGGGUUUCUCUGAGACCUACGCGGCGCUGUGUGACUACAACGGGAUCGGCUGCAAGGAGGAGGUGCAGUGGGAUGUCGACACAAUCUACCACUCUCAGGACAACCGAGAGUUCAACCUGUUGGAUUUCAGCCACCUCGACAGCCGGGACUUGGCGGUGAUUGUGGCGUCCAUGGCGUACAACACGUGGUUCACCAAACUCCACUGCAAGGACAUGCGCCUGGGCUCGGAGGUGGUGGACCAGGUGCUCCACACCGUCAGCAAGUCCAACAGCCUGGAGGAGCUGACGCUGGAGAACGCCGGCCUCAAGUCGGACUUCCCCCAGAAGAUGGCCUCCGCACUGUCGGAAAACCCGUCGUCCGUGAUCCACUCCCUCAACCUGUCACAUAACACACUGGACAACCAAGGUGUGUCCAACCUCAUCCUGCAGGUGUGUCGUCUCAACAAGGGUCUGCGCCUCCUCAACCUCUCCAAGACCUCGCUCAGCUCCAAGGGUGUGGUGUCUCUGUCCCAGGCGCUGUGCUCGAGUGAUGACUACUCCAACUCCCUGAUCCACCUGGACCUCAGCCGGAACCCUGGGGUGCUCUCUGGAGACGACGCCACUAACCUGUACCUUUUCCUGGCCCAGCCCAACUGCCUGGUCCAUCUCGACCUCUCCGGGACCGACUGCACUGUGGACUUGUUGUUCGGGGCUCUCCUGCGGGGCUGCUGUGCGGACCUCUCCUACCUGAACCUGUCCAAAAACACCUUCUCCCACAGGAGAGCCAGGGACUCCCUGCCCACCUUCCGCCAGUUCUUCAGCUCCGCCUUCAGCCUGACCCACGUCAGCCUGGCCUCCAUGAAGGUGCCCCCAGACUCCCUAAGAGCUCUGUUCCUGGGUCUAUCCAACAACCCUCACAUUACAGAUCUCCACCUGGACAUCAGCGGCUGUGAGCUGAGGUCAGCUGGUGCCGGCGUGCUCCAGGAACUGUUUCCUCGUGUUGCCUGCGUUGCAACCCUUGACAUUUCCGAUAACGGGCUGGAUGGGGACAUGCUGGUGGUCCUCCCGUCCUUCUCCAGACACCCCUCGCUCAAGCACCUGCUGCUGGGGAAGAACUUCAACGUGAAGGGCCGGUUGCUGGACGAGAUUCUGCAGAAACUAGUUCACCUGGUGCAGGAAGAGGACUGUGCCCUGCAGUCCCUGUCCCUGGCCGACUCCAGGCUCCGUCAGCGGGGCACGGUGCUGGUGAACGCCCUGGGCUCCAAUGCCGGGCUGCGGAAGGUCGAUCUCAGUGGGAACUGUCUGGAAGACUCUGGGGCCAAGAUGCUGAGCAAGGCCCUGCAGAUCAACACGACUCUGAGGAGUGUGACAUGGGAUCGCAACAACACCACGGUGCUGGGACUUCAGGAUGUAGCCAGAGCCCUGGAACAUAACUUCACCAUCCACUACAUGCCCCUCCCCCUCAGUGACGUGGCGCAAGCGUACCGCAGCGCUCCAGAGAAGAUGGAACAAGCCAUCACCAAGAUUCAACGCGCCCUCUUGAGGAACAACCAGACGCAGAGGUUUUCCCAGAAGCAAGCCCUAAGGCUGAACCAAGGCCUGGUUACCAGCACCGCCGAACAGGUGAUGGAGCGGCUGUGUGUGCGUGUGCAGCAGCAGGUGUCUGUCCUGAGAGGAUCAGAGGAUCAGGAAGAGGUGCAGGCAGCCAAGCAGAUCCUUAAGGAGGCCAAGAACUCCAGGGCGCUGUACCCGUCUCUGUGUGAGCUGGCUCAUGUCCUGUCUGUAGACGGGCCGGUGAGACAGAGACUGGAGACUCUGGCCGGGGAGCUGACCAAGGCGGCGGACAAGGAGCUGCAGGUGAUCGUGGACUCCAUGGUGUCCCUGUGUCGCGAGCUGUGUCCCAUGUCCUCCCUGGCGGCGGAGAGACUCAACCCCCCGCUGUCCUCCGUCUCGGAGCAGGUGUCCAUCCCCCGAGGCACAGUGCGCUGCGCCCUGAUGGACCGGGCCGCCGAGGACAUCAACAAGGCUCUGGAAGAGGUGAAGCUGUCGGUGGUGUCCUACCUGACCAACUCCAUCGUGGACCAGAUCCUCCAGGAGCUGUACACCACCCACAAGACCCUGCUGCGGCAGGUGUCCCAGGCCAAGCGAUGGGACGAGGGGGGGCCCAACCGGCGCACGCUACGGCCGUCCCGGAUGACGGACGUGAUGGAGUUCCCCGAGGAGGACCUGGGGAUGAACCUGGGGAUCGACACCAUGGCUAUCAACAAGAGGAGCGCCCGGACUAGAAGGAUCCGCCCCGUCUCCACCCGGCCGAGUCUCGGUGAGGACGCCAGUGGCUCCCCCACCCCCUCUGCCUCCCCCCAACCGCCACCGCCUCCGCCUCCACCGUCGCAGCUCUCCCGCUCAGCAUCCUGGGACGGCCUGUCCACCCUCCCCACUAAUGGCUCGCCGCUACAUCAUGUGACCCACGUCAGGCCACGCCCCCCACGGCGGUACAGGGCGGGGUACCCGCAGCCAGAGACUCAUGGCUCCGAGAAUGGGGCGAUCAAUGUUCUGGAAGAUGGAUUGCCCGACUUCUACACCAAGCGUGUUCUCCCUGACAGCCAGCUCUCGUCUCUCCAUAACAACCCGUCCAUGCGUAGGAAGAAGAGGCGCAGCGUGCUCUCCAUCUUCUCAGGCUUCCGCAAGAACCGCAACUCCAUGACAUCCAAUCCGGACACAGAUCUCCCGGAGAACGUCUACUCUAUGAUCCAGCACCCUAAGGACCCCGGACAGACGGAGACCCCCAUACCGGGGCUCCACACGGCCUCCCCGCGGGCCACCCCCGGCAUGAGACCCUCCAGCCCCUCCUGCCUCAUCCAGAGACAGUCCACAGACCUGGUCAGCAUGGUGUACAGCUGCAUCGGGGCCGACAUCGACGACUCGGACACCUGCAGCUCCAGCGGGGAUUUCACGCCCUCGGGGGGAGCUAACGGCCACGCCCUCGGCCACGCCCCCCUGCCCACCCACAGGCACCUGGAGUCGGACCGGAUGGAGCGGGACGGGCCCCUGGCAGAGGGGGAGGAUUUGAGGGAGAAGCUGGGCGGAGGUGGAGGAGCCCCAGGGACACACAGACCAGAUCCCCCGUCUCAGAUCAGCAAGCCCAGCAUGGCCGUCAUGAGACAGCGACACCUGCAGGGCAGUUCAGAGGAGGCGGCGAGGCCGGAGGGGGAGUGGGACGAGGAGCAGGCGGACCCCCCCCAGAGGGAGGACAGGGUCUGGACGCGUGGAGCAGAGCGCCCCCCUCUGCCCACCAAGCCCAGUUUUGACCAAUCGGCAGACGAGGCUGUCUCAGAGAAGACUUCCCCUGUCAGCCCCCACGCCGAAGUGCCGACCAAUGAGAAGAAAAGCAUCAGUUUUGUUCUGCCCCCCUCAGCCAAGGAUCCCUCCUCUGAUUGGUGUACGACUCCAGUCAUUCAAGAGGAGGCGGCCGAGGAUAGGACGAGCCCGCCCUGCUCAGAUGAAGAAGAAGGGACUAACAGUUUUCCAGGCCCACAGCCACACAUCAACAGGAAGGCCCACUCCUGUGAUAUGGGCAUGGAGAGGGGCAGCCCCCCUGGGGUCCUGGAGCGGUCCUCGGACCCCCGGUUCCCCAUGAGGAAGGCGUCCUUCCCCCAAUACAGAAGCCCGUCCCUGGACUACCCCGUCAGCACCCGCUGUCAUGAAAGUCCACCGCACGACCAAAGGGACGGCUUAUGACAUCACCAGCGGUCGAGAGGACCGGAAGGAGACCAGGGUGGCAAAGAGUGAGGAUCAAAAAAAGCUAAAACUGUGCGUACCCGACGGUGAAGCACCGACGAGGGGUUUCGGGGCGAUGUUGGGUUCUUUUUCAUACACUGCAGACAUUUUGUCAUCGAAGGUGCAUGUGUGCUCUUAUGUUUAGUUUUGUAUUUGUUCUUAUUAUUACAAUGAUUAUUAAUUGCACUGGCUGUGUGUCUUUCUCCAGAAGCAGAAACACACGCAAAUAACCCGCGCACGCCAAUAAGUAUGGCUCUUGUUUCAUUUUUACUAAGGCGGGAGGACAUGGCGGUCCUUCUUAUGUUCAGCAGACAAUCUGUGACCGGCUCGCCCUCCGGAGCACCUUUGUAUUUAUUUCAACUUUGGACAUGUAAAUAUGGACUAGAACUCAAAUUAACCGAAUUAGCCGUUGUGGAAACUGAACGGGUGAAGUAACGUUUUUAUUUGUAGUUCUGAUUCAUUUAGUUAAGUGUCUGUUUCGUGUGCUUUUUGGUGUCUGUGCUGGCAGAGAAAUGCUACAAUCCCCAGUGCGUGUCGCCCCUGAAAUAAUGACUAUUUUAAUCUGAUUUUACAGGCCUGAAAAUGAGUAUAUUUUCUAAAAAAAAAUGCCUCUAUGAAUGAUAAUAAAUAAAAUUUGAUUUUACCAAAGAAACGGUCGUAAAAA